AUGAAAUUGGUGGUGCCAUGGUGUGAGCAUUUAAGCGUGCUAUGCCACGCUUCUGCUGGUGGAUUCUGGUCACAUUGCCGGUGGAGCUCAACCUCAGAGGCCAUCGUUGCUGGCCUCCCCUUGCUCACCUUCCCCAUUUACUGGAACCAGGUUUCGAACAGCAAGCUGGUCGUGGAGGAUUGGAGGAUUGGUUGGAGAAUCAAGAGGAAGGAAGGCGUUGAGUACAUGGGGCCGAGGGAAGAAAUUGCGGGGCUCGUCUGGCGGUUCAUGGAUCUGGAGGACGAGGAAGCCAAAGCGAUGAGGAUGAGAGCGAAGAAACUUCAAGAGAUUACCGGAAACACCGUCCUGAAGGGCGGAUCGUCUGAUUCGAGUAUUGAUGCUUUCGCGCGCAACCUUUUGCAUUAA